CCAACUAAAUAAAUCCAACGAACGAAGAAUUCCAAUGAAUUUUCAUACCAAUAAUAACAAAACGACAUAGAUAGUGUAAUUCACACACCUAAAAACGGAAACAUGUAAAGAAAACACACGAAUAGAUUACCACACAAAAAUCAACCAAAGAUAUGAUAUGAACAAUCGUAGCCAAUUCGUGUAAUGAAUUUCACAUAUUCUUAUAUCGUAUUAGAUGUCGAACAUUUAGUUUGCGAUCCGAAUAUAGGGCGAGGUUUUAAUAGUACAACCCGUGCUUGACGUGAUAUAUCAGUUUAAAGUUGCUUUCGAAAUAGAGAAAAAGUAAAGGGGCGACGGUGUAAUCGGAUCACAGUAUAAAAACUUAGAGUAAGAGAAGGCUGAACGAAACGAAGUGACAUGGCUGGCAAAGGAAAUGGUCAAGGAGCCAACAUGGCUAAAUUGGAAAAUCAAAUAUCGACCAUAAAAUAUUCCAUAUUCUGUUUCAACAUCAUUGCAUGGAUAAUUGGCGCUGGAAUGUUUAUUGCAACGGUAUGGAUUCGUGCGGAGAAAAGUUUUGAAGAAUGGAUCCAAAUAUUAGACAUAUACGUUUACUAUGUUGGCAUUUACAUUUUAAUUGCUGCUUCGGUGAUAAUAUUGAUUGUGUCAUUUUUGGGAUGUUGCAGUGCACUAAUGGAACAUACGCAGGGAUUGUUUUUGUUUAUUGGAACGCAAUGUUUGGCAUUCAUCAUACAUGUGGCUGGAUCGGCUGUACUAUUGGAUUACAGUACACUAAAUUCAAGCAUACAGCCAUUCAUUCGUGACUCAAUGAGACGUUUAAUCAUGUCAUCGUCUACACCUCAAUCAACGACCGUUUUGAAAAUGAUUCAGGAAAAUAUUGGUUGCUGCGGUGCAGAUGGGUCUAAUGACUAUAUUAUUAUGCGUCAACCAUUGCCAUCAACAUGUCGGGACACUGUAACGGGUAAUGCAUUUUUCCAUGGCUGUGUUGAUGAGCUGACCUGGCUACUUGAGGAUAAAAGUGGUUGGGUUGCCGGACUGGCGAUGACACUUGCAUUCAUUCAAGUUAUAAAUGUGGUGCUAAGCUUGGUUUUAAUUCAGGCACUCAAGAAGGAAGAGGAUGAGGCCAGAAACUACAGACAAUAAUUAUUAUUAUGUUAUUAUACUUUUGAAAUGAAGGAACGUUUCUUGCUGCCCAACAUAGACUAAUAUUUGAAUGAGAAUGCAUUCACUAACAUGCGCGACAUUUUCGCACACAUUUUACGUCCAACGUUCAUAAUAAAUUUAUG